AUCACCUUAUUGAUCACAUUGGCCUAGAGCGCCUAUGUACCACCAACGUACGUCGACCCUUCUUGCAAAUCAACGGAUACAGAAACCUGAACAAUCCUGUGUAUUCAGUACGCGGAGAACAAUAGUAUCAUACUAUGGUGUACAAAACAGCUGUGGUGGCAAUGCUCAUUCUUUGUACCCCCCUAUCUAACAUUAUAGUUUGCCUUGUUUGAAUCCACAAUGCUCUCGACUUAACAUACCAGCAGGUGCUUAUAUAGCGACGCAUAAACUUAUCAUUGGUUGGAAGUCCAUUGUAACAGUACCUUGGGUAGGGAUAGAAGAAAAAAUUGUAAGGCUGUAUCCAGACCCAUCUUAAAUGUUCUACAGUGAGGUGCUAGAAUGAAUAGUGGAGUAAGGGGGCACGGCAUGCAAAAACAGUCUGCUUAUUGUAUAAUGGAGUGCCCUCGCAUAGGACUCAUCAGUGUAUUGCCGGAUAUUAACUGCAGGACUAAAUACCAGCCCAAUGUGCAUCUUACGCAAAAUCAUGAUCCUCACCAACACUAUAGAAAUCACUGA